AUGAAAACAAUAUGUGAAGAUUCGCUGCUGUAUUUCCCCUCAAACUCAGAAAUUGAGGACCUCCAUUCUACCUACAUCGCCAAUUGUGUCUUCAACAGUUUUCUGUCCUACAACGCCAUUACGUUGAACAUCGUAACAAUCCACGCAAUACGAAACACGGCGUCAAUGCCAAAGACUAUAAAAACAUUGCUCCUGAGUCUUGCUGUUUCCGAUGUUGGUAUCGGUGCACUAGUUCUGCCAUUUUAUAUUUCACUUCUGGUCGGCUGGUUACAACAUAAUUCUAGCUGUAGCAACAAUGAAGUGUUCCACAUCAUUCUGUACUUGUUUUCUGUGGCAUCGUUCUCUGGUGUUGUUGCUGUAAGUGUUGACAGGUUCUUGGCAAUUCAUCUUCAUCUCAGAUACCAGGAACUUGUGACUCACAAGCGAGUUGUUGCUCUAGUGAUCUCAAUAUGGCUGCUUAGUGUGUUUCUUUCUUCACCAAUGUUGCUUGUCUCACCCGAUAUUGUCUAUGUUAUUACUAUCAUUUCUGCAGUUGUCGGCCUGCUUGCUAUGACGGUGGCAUACGUCAGGAUUUAUUUAGCGGUACGCAGCUGA